CCUGUCCCUGAGAAUUGGCCCUCUCACAUCCCCUACCUCACGCGGCCCGCUUACUCACCGUACUUGACCCCGACCCACCUCCGGGCCCUCCGCACCCGGCCGGCAGACGCAUUGGACCCGCUCCCGGAGAUUCCCCGUCAUCUAAAGACGGGGCCGUGUCCGUCGGUCCGCAUCACCCCGAUCACAGAUCCGAACCACCCCGCCCACGGCCAGGCGGGCCUCUUUGCUACCCGCGAUCUCGCCCCGGGUGAACUGAUCCUCCCGUACCUGGGCGAGGUCCACAUCGGCACCCCGCCUUUUGGCCGCCGCCCUUCCGCCAACGGCAAUAGCAGAAACGGCGGCGGCGGAAAUGGCGAAAAUGCUGAUCAUCAUGACGACGACGACAACGCUGACGAUGGAUACGACUACGCGCGGUCCGACUACGAUCUCUGGCUGGACCGGGACGCGGACCUCGCCGUGGACGCGGCGCGCAUGGGCAACGAGGCGCGCUUCGUCAACGACUACCGCGGCGUGCCGGACCGCGGGGGCAACAACAGCAACAACAACAGCAACAGCAACAGCAACGAGAAAAAGAAGAAGAGGCCCAACGCCGAGUUCCGGACCGCGUGGGACCCGCGGACGGGGGAGCGGUGCAUGGCUGUGUUCGUGCUCCCCGCGAGCAAGAGGGCGACGGGGCGGGCAAGGACGGUCGGAAUCGCGAGGGGCGAGGAGAUCCUGGUGAGUUACGGGAAGGGGUUCUGGCAGGAAAGUAGGGAGGCGGGCAUGGGCGAAGAU